AUGGAUGAGAGUGGACUUCGUUCACGGCAAAAAGCAGGAAGUAAAACUAAUGAUAAACCUUCGGAUCAAGAAAAAGAAAAAAUGCUUCUAAAGAAUCGAAAACUAGUUGCUGAAAACUAUGAAUUUGGUGAUGCCCAAAAAUUACCGACCAAUGUUCAAGAUAUUAUUGAGAAAAAAUUUUUACGUCUAUUCAUUUGGGAACUAUUUUUCGGAUAUAUUUUUUGGACGAUCUUUUUCGGCAUUGGGCCAAUGGUUAUGUUUUUUCCAAUGGUUAAAUUAGCUAUUGAUGGUUAUGAAGUAUUAAUACUGUCAUUAGCAAGUCCAAUUAUACUUAAUAUUUCAUUAGUAAAUUCUAUUGCUGAAAGCAAUGUCGGAAAAUUAGUUAUUCGUAUUUUCGUAAUUAUCAGUCUAUUAUCAUUUCAAAUCGAAGAACCUGUAAUUCGAUUAUUUAUACUUUCAUGCGGUACUUGUGCUGUUAUGAUUGAUCUUUGUACAAGUCUUAAUUCACGAUAUUAUGCAUAUAGAUCGAUUGUUGUUUGGACAUUGACAAUCAGCUUUUUUUUCUUUCUCAGUCUUCGUGUUUGUUUUUCAAGUAUCAUGCCAGCAUGGUCGAGUGUUACGGCGAAUCUAGUGCAUUUUCUCAUUGGACUUGUAAUGAUUGUGGAUCAAUUUGGACGUGACAAAACUAUGUGGCAAUUACUUCCGUCAAUCUCAUUCGAUUCAUCUGCUAAACUUGGAGCCAAUCCAUUACGUUCAUCAUCACGUCAAGAUAUUUUACAACCAAAUUGGCUAUUACUUGGUAUUGGUUUCGGUUGUUUAUUGUUUAAUCUUCAAUGGGUAUUUGCUGAUAUAUCAGUGAUUAGUCGAUGGGCUUCAAAUGGUUUUCCUAAUCAAGCACUUGAUCCUAUUCCUUACGGACUUCUCAUUUGGAUUGGUUUAUUUUGUGGUGUUGUAACAAUUACUCGUAUAAAUAUAGUUACAAAUCGUUGGUGGGCAUCCGUAGGUUUCAUUGGUUAUGGUUUACUAUAUUUUAGUCGAGGAAAUCUUUCAUUUAUGGGUGGUGUUGCUUUGAGCGUAUUUAUUGGAUCAGUAAUUCCGUUACUAUUCGAUAAGAUAGCGCGUGGUCUUGCGCCACGGAUUAUUGUUAUUGCUGCUUUAGCAUAUAUUAUUCAAGUUGUCUAUGCUGUUUGGACAAGCGCCUAUAAUUUUGUUCCAUUUGGUGGAACAUUAACACGAGAAACAUCACAUAUUUUAGUGUUCUUUAAUUUUCUUGGAAUUUAUUUUGGAGUUUAUACUGCUAAACAUAACUUAGGAACCUAUAUUCGUAGUCAUACUUCUUCAAUAAGUUUUCCAAAUCGUCAAAUUUGGUCAGCAUUUGGUAUUGCCUUCUUAAUUGCAUCUACUGGUACAUUUUCACGUUUUCUUUCGUUACCAUCAACAUCAUUAAGUCAUACAGAAGAUCCGACUCAUAUUACAGCUGCUGUAUGGACAGUUCAUUUUGGUUAUGAUAAUAAUGCUCGACCGAGUCUUGAUCGUGUUGCAUCUGUACUUGCCGAUACUAAUGCGGAUGUCAUUGGCCUUCUUGAAACUGACACAGCGAAACCAUUCUUUGGAAAUAAUGAUUUAACUUCAUAUCUAGGUGAAAAAUUACAUAUGUUUACUGAUUUUGGUCCAUCAACAAAAGAUCAUACUUGGGGUUGUAUUAUUCUUUCAAAAUAUCCAAUUGUUCGAUCAGUACAUUAUUUAUUACCAUCACCAGAAGGUGAACUUGCUCCAGCUAUACUUGCAACAGUUCAAGCAGGCAGCAAACUAAUUGAUGUUAUUAUUGUUCAUAUGGGUAAUGAUAAAGAUGAUUUAGAUCGAAAAUUACAAGCUGAAAAAUUACGAGAUAUUAUGCACAAUAGUACUAACCCAUUGAUUUUUCUUGGUUAUGUAACAUCAGAACCAUUCAGUCGUGAUUAUCGAACAUUAACUUCUCUUGCAAAAGAUAUUGAUCCAACAGAUAGAGACCGAUGGUGUGAAUAUAUUCUAUAUAAAAAUUUGAUUCGUGUUGGCUAUGCUCGAAUUACUCAUGCAGGACUGACUGAUACUGAAAUUCAAAUGGCUAGAUUUAAAAUUCCAACAAGUAAAAAUUUCGCUGACAAUCCAAUUGUAGUUACUAAUCCAUCGAGUGUUACUGAUCAAUCAGUUCAUUUUAAUUCAAGAUUUGGAUCAUUCUACAAAGGCCAUGGCCGAUUUAAUACUCAUCGUUUUCAUAUGGACACACCAAAAUAUUUUCUUCCACAAGAUCAAAAAACUAAAUGA